CAGCAACACAAGCUCAGAGCUUUCUCGAAUAUCCUUCCCAAAGCUUGAUCAACGCGCACAUCGGAACAAGGAUGGCUCUUCAGCUGGCGUCGGUGUUUGCGGCAGCCCUGCUCGCCUUCACCCUCUUAGCGCCAACUUCUCGUGCAGCCCCGGCCCCUGCGCCGGCACUGGCAAGAAGAGCUGCCCGGCCUCCCGCCAAUGCUGCCUACCUGGGCCCCGCAGCUGCGUCUGCGAUACAGCGCAGGAACGCAGUGCUACGGGCGGCAGGGCCAUCCGCGCGCGCAAACUUUUUGCGCCAGGAGCGGCCCUUCAAUCUCCAAGCCGCCGCCCCGACCACUUUACCGGCGCGCGCCCCCCGGCCGGCUGCUUACCGCAGGAUACCCGCUGCCAAGGCACCAGGUGCUGCGAGGGCACCUGCCCCGGCAGUACGGGGAUGAGAUGCCGAUUGAACAUGGCCGUCAAACUUUUGGUUGGUCCUUUUCCAGCUUGUGUUGCUCUGCCAUUGCAUUGCUGGACUCGUCUGACAAUAAACCAAGCAGCUGCUAAAGGCAUUGCUCGUGGCCGGAUACCCUUGCAUACUUCUGCAUGUCCGCUGCUGCUAGCGCAUCUAUUUCUUGACCAAUGUCACAACUAUAACAUGGAUUGUGUCAGCACUGCGGAUCAAUCCCACCCCAAAGAGUUUGUGUCUGCUGUGACUUGUGGCAUCUCCCGGGGGACUUCUGGUGUACUCUGAGCUUGCCACUACAGCCUAAUGCUAAUUCGCUUUGUUGUUGGCGUUGUUGCAUCUUUGCUCAAUGCCAUGAUGGCACCAGCACGAUCGCAAUGUGCCGGUAUGAUAAUGGUGAUGAUUAUUAUUAUUAUUACAGGCUUUUCCUGCCAUGAGGCAAGGUUCUUCCUGCAGACAAGCUGCAGUUGAAGGCUGCCACAAUUCUACCCCUUGUUGGACUCGCCAGAUCCAAGCAAGACCCAGUCAACCAUGGGCACGGUGCUCAGUAUCUAUGUCGCCCCCUGUCAGCCGGGUCCAUGUGCUGGUAUAUGGCACAGGGCAAUUUCACAGUACUGUACCUUAAGGGAGCCUAUAUACUAGAAGCCUAAAUGAGC